GGCUUUCGAUUCUAUCGAUCGCGCAAUAUUGCUUAAUAAAUUGAAAAAUAUUGGGAUAAUUGGCGCUUCUCAUGAUUGGAUCGGAAGCUACUUGUCGGGUCGCAAACAAAUAGUAAACAUAAAUAGUCCAUUCAGUUAUAGUAACAAUAGUGGUAACAAUGAAAUUAAUAGCAAUAAUAUAAAUAAUAACAAUACAAGUUCUGUCAAUAGUGAGGUGCGAAGUAUCGAUUUUGGGGUUGUCCAAGGAAGCACACUUGGGCCAAUCUUAUUCCUUAUAUACAUCAAUGACAUUAUCAAAUCUGAUAUAUCGGGUAGAAUGCUACUGUUUGCUGAUGACACUGCAGUCUAUUUUGAGGCAGACAGCUGGAUGGAAGUCUACGAGAAGGCAUCCAGAGACUUAAUUACACUCAAAAAUUGGUUUGACGACAACAUUCUUAGUAUGAAUGCGAAGAAGACCAAAAUUCUUCCAAUAUUCCUUCAUAAAAACCGUGCCCCUCCGGAUAAUUUACUGCUAAAACUACAUUCUUGUGGUCAGGUGUGUAAUGAUAACUGUGGUUGCCAGGUGAUUGAAUCGGUCAACGAGUUCAAAUACCUGGGUAUAAUCAUUGAUAAUAAUUUAUCUUGGCAUCCACACAUUUUCUACUUGAAAAAAAAUUACGGAAAUUGAUUUUUGUUUUUUCAAAACUGAAGGGCAUUCUUAACACGAAGGAAUUGAGGACAGUGUAUCACGCACUUGUGCAGUCAAUCCUUACAUAUGGAAUUAUUGUCUGGGGAGGUGCGUGUGAUACUAAGAUUGCAGAACUUUCAGUGACUCAGAAAGCUAUUAUCAAAGCCGGACUGGGCCUGGAAAGAACAUAUUCUUCCGAACGUUUAUUUGUUUAUUUUAAUGUUCUAACUAUUAAGAAGCUUUAUGUUAAAUUUGUCUUAAUGUAUGCGUUCAAGAAUAAAAUGAACUUAAAUAUUCCAGCACAACAAGAACAUAGGACAAGAAGCGGACUUCUUCUGCAUCCCAAUUUAGAGAGAAAUUCGCGAGCUGUUUGCGACAGAAAUGUCUCUUAUGUAAUUAAUAUGAUUCUACGGAAUGCUCCCCCCCCCAUAUAAGUCAUCCUGGUUCUUGUACUGUACUAAAAUACAAUAAAGUGCUACAUGAAUGGUUGGCAUCUUUUAAUGACUAUUAGUUUGGUAGAUUGAUCAAAUCAAUGUAUGUGUAACGCCUUGGAAUUUAUUCACUCAUGUGUGUGCGUAGUGUGUGUGUUUCCCUUCCCGUGCGAAUGUUGAUAGUUGAGCUCGAAUAUUAAAAUUAAAUAAGUAUUUUUAUCUUUUAUUUAAAUAGUUUUGAUAUUGUAUUAUUCAAUACUAUUAAAUAUUGGUAGCUAUCUGUAAUAGACUAGUAAUAUUACUUCUCUGUAUCAUAUAUAAGUUAUCUGUGUAAAUUGAAUUUCAAUAUACUUAUGCGAACUCUUACUCACGAACAGACCGACAGGUCCAUGUGAGUACAGUUUCUAUUAUUUUGUGAAAUAGUUUAAACAUAGAUAUGAUUUUAUUUAAAUUUAGUACAUUUACAUAUGUUUUAUAAGUCUUAUAAGUCUUUUUUUGUGAAACAAUAAAUUCAAUUCAAUUCAAUUCAAAAAUAUAAUAUUCAAAUUGCUUUAAUUUGUUCUCAUAUAAUUCUGAGUGAUUUGAAAUUGGCGGCAAAUCUAAUUACUUAAGAUGGCGUCUUGAUCACCUGUGAAAUGAAUAUUGCUUAUCUACUUAUAAUGUUUACUUUCUGUAUGUUCUCUGUGGUAACUGCAGCUGUCUGCGUCUGCAGUUGUGAAGAUUAGAUUCAAAAUAAAUUUCGAGGUUAAUACAAACAAUUGAUAAUAUUACAAUGUUUAUCACGUACUGGUAGGUAGGGGUAGGUCUGAAUGAGCGUUUUUAUCAACAAAUUUCAAAUUUGAAGUUCAAGUACGAAUUUUGAACAUUGUUCAUUAGGGUUAAAAAUCAAUAAGUUAUUGAAUUUUAAGAGCAUCCAAAAAUUUUCUUUGAAAUGGCACUAAAUAAAUUGGGAAUCGAGUCAUUGAUUUUACAGGGGAAAAGAGUUUUAAUGCGAGUGGAUUUUAAUGUGCCCAUAAAAUCUGGAAAUAUUACAAACCCCCAAAGAAUUGUUGCCGCCUUGGACAGUAUCAAAUACGCUCUUGACAAUGGCGCUAAGUCUGUUGUGCUGAUGUCCCAUCUAGGACGUCCAGAUGGACAAAAAAACACCCAGUAUACUAUGAGGCCAGUUGCUGAAGAAUUGAAGAAGUUACUAGAUAAGGAUAUAAAAUUUCUCGAUGAUUGUGUGGGACAAGAAGUUGAAGAUGCAUGUGCUAAUCCUAAAACUGGAUCAGUAAUUCUAUUGGAGAAUUUACGCUUCCACAUUGAAGAAGAAGGCUCAGUAAAGAACGAUAAAGGAGUAAAGAUCAAGGCUGAUCCUUCCAAUGUCAGAAAAUUCCGGGAAUCUCUAGCUAAACUUGGUGAUGUUUAUGUGAAUGAUGCAUUUGGUACGGCACACAGAGCUCACAGCUCCAUGAUGGGUGAAGGGUAUCAACAGAGAGCUGCUGGCUUUCUAAUGAAAAAAGAACUUACUUACUUCUCAAAGGCUUUGGAUAACCCAGAGAGGCCUUUCCUUGCAAUAUUAGGGGGUGCAAAAGUUGCUGAUAAAAUUCUUUUGAUUGAGAACCUGCUUGAUAAAGUUAAUGAAAUGAUAAUAGGUGGAGGCAUGGCCUACACAUUUCUAAAAGAAUUGGAAGGAAUGAAUAUUGGAUCUUCUCUUUAUGAUGCUGAAGGUGCUAAAAUCGUCAAGAAUUUAAUUACUAAAGCACAGAAAAAGGAUAUUAAAAUUUAUUUGCCAGUUGACUUUGUAACAGCUGACAAGUUUGCUGAAGAUGCUACUGUAGGAUCAACAACUGCUAAAGAUGGUAUUCCAAAUGGGUGGAUGGGACUGGAUAUUGGACCAGAAACCUGCAAAUUAUUCAAAGAACCCAUUUCCAGAGCCAAAACAAUUGUGUGGAAUGGGCCUGCUGGAGUUUUCGAGUUUGAUAAUUUUGCAAAUGGAACUAAAACUCUGAUGGAUGCUGUGGUGGAGGCCACUAAAAAGGGAAGCACAACAAUUAUAGGAGGAGGGGAUACGGCUACAUGUACAGCAAAAUGGAAUACUGAGGAUAAAGUGAGCCAUGUUAGCACUGGUGGGGGAGCAAGCUUAGAGUUGCUUGAAGGUAAAAUACUUCCAGGAGUUGCUGCUUUAAGUGAUGCAUGUUAACAUUUUGUCAAGUCUACAAAUGAUUGAAUUAAAAACAUUCAAUAAUAUUGUCAGCCAGAUAUUUUUCUUAAAUGUCACUUACUUUUAAUACAA